AAUCUUUUGAUAGGAGAGAAUUACGUCCUAUGGAUCAUUUAUUUCAAAACACUGUGAGUUGGGAAUAGUUCUACAAUAGAUUCCUGAGUUUCAUCCCUCUUUCAGAUUUUUCUUGCCAUUCUGUUCGUUCACAUUCACUACCUGUUGUCGUUUCAGUUCUGUUUCUAUUUCCUUAUCUGACAUCUCGGUUGGUAUUCGAGAUCUCUGUAUCUCACACUCCCUAUUUAGCGAUUAUUUUGCAUAUAACCUCGCAUCACAAAUAUUGCGGAUUUUCUAGCCGCAUCACUUGAUAAUGUCGGACGAAGGAAGUCGGGUUAUUUUAUGGGCUAUCCCACGAAGUUCAUCCACGGUAUUUUCGCUAUCAGUGAGUCGCAUACCCGAUGUCGAGAUGUGGAUGGAGCCUUAUGGGUUUGCCCGAAUCGCCGAACUCAACGCGAAAAGCGAAGAAGGGGUUGCGCUUCCCAGGGAUCAUAACGGCAACGAGGAGCUGUACGAGAAAGUUGCCCGACAUGUCAGUGUGGUAAUGGGCAGAUCCUUCGAUCCCGAGACGCUCUCGUACCAAAGUGUAAAAGAGAGGCUGGAAAGGACAAUGGCGAAACACGUUUUUGUAAAGGAUAUGUCUUAUGGGAUGACAGGGGAUGACGUAACUCGGUACAUUCCACGUGGUUUCAGACAUUCUUUCCUCAUCCGUAGCCCCGAUCUGGUAUAUCCUGGCGUUCACAAGGCGUACUUCAACCAUUUCAAAGCCAUUAACCGGUUGCUCCCUGACGAGACCAACGAAGCUAGCUUUGACCUCAGGAACCACAACGAGCUGGGAUAUCACGAAGAUUACUACAAGUCGUUGCAUGAUCUCUGGCGCUAUGUCAUCAAGGAAGUUGACCCGGAACCAGUUGUGCUUGACUCAACCGACCUGCUCAAAGACCCAUGUCGCGUUCUUCCUCGAUGGUGUGAGGCCGUGAGGCUGCCUUUUCAUGCUUCAAUGCUAUCAUGGCCGAGUACUGGCGUCCAAGAAAUUGGAAAGUGGAAUUGGGGAAGCAACUGGACAGAACAGCAUUCUGUAGAGACCUUCCACGCAGGCGUCCUGAGGAGCACAUCUUUUAAUCCUCCAAAGAUACCUCCACCACGAGAACACCUUACCAACGAUGUUAUAGCAUUAGCGGAAGCAGCAAUGCCUUUCUAUAACGAAAUGUAUCAACAUCGUUUACGUGUUGAUGAUAUUCUAUCCUAAAAUUGUUUCAUCUGAAAGAGAGAAAAACUUUCUUCAUUCUUGGACUUUGUCCGUUUUGGUUUAUUUUGUGCGAACCCAUCUUUAUUUUGACGGACGACUGCAGCAGAAUGUUUUGUGGGGGGGGGGGGGUAAUUUCGAAAACUUUCAAUCAUAAUUUUUUGAUCAGAACUGGCAGUUUACCGAAAUAAGUAGCAGAGAUGCUUUAAAUUAAGUUUAAAGAGGAGUAUUUAAUUUUAGAGGGGGAAUACGUUAUGACCACAAUUGUUUGUGCUGUCAAAGUAUUCUUCACCCUCGCCUGGAUAGCGUUUUUUUUUUCAAAAACUCUAGGAUAUAAAAGUAUAUACAAACUUCAGGAGAACUUAAUAUUUUAAGGUUAGGGUGAUACACUAUUAAACGUUUGGGCAAAUUCAGUUGGUCAAUUAUCGAUUGAUAAAGAACUCAUAAUCUGCGUGUAGCAAUUAUAACUCAACUUGAGCUUUAGCAGUUGAUUUACUAAAAUAUUUGGCAAUAUUUUACCAGCAUCGUGAGGUAAGGAAAGAUGUGAACUUUUUGCUCCCUAAUUAGGGAAAUGUAGUCGCCCAUCUGAUGAUGGGGUAAUUUAGCCUCGGUCUUCAUUAAGCUUUAAUAUGUAAUUACGGUUGUUGGAUAUAUCUCUUUUUGCAUUUUUUCAUUAUAUAUAAUUUUCCUUUAUGUUCCAGUAGGCUCCGUGGUAAAAUAGAUAAUUUCAAAUAAAUAUCAAUGUGAAAAUUAAAAUAGUGUAGGCCUUAUAAUUUAUACUAGUUUUUCAUUCCAAAUAGU